AUGACGAAUCCCCGCUGCGUCUUCAACGCAGCUUCUGCUCUUCGUCGAGUAUUUCUCUCGGGAUUCCCUAUCGAAUCAUCCACAUCCGCAUCGGCAUCAACGUCCCUCCUACGCAACUCCCCCAUAUUUUCUUCCUCCUCCUCCUCUUCCCACCUGCAAACUCGCAUCCAAACCCGCAGCGUCUUCAAAAGCACCUCCACCGCCGUCGCCGAACAGCGUCUUCCGCGGGACACGGAAAUCACGGCGCCCUUUCUGCGACUCAAAAAUGCCGAAGGGAAACUCGACGCUCCGGUGCGCACGGCGCAGAUUCUCCGCUCCGUGGAUCGCAAAACCCACAUGUUGGAGGUGAUUGCCUUGUCGGACGAGGGGCUCGCGCCCAUUGCGCGGAUUGUGAAUAAGCGGGACUUGUUUCAGAAGAAGAAAGAGGUGAAGAAGAGUAAGAAUCCGGGGACGGUGACGAAAACGAUUGAGAUGAAUUGGGCGAUUGAGCGGAAUGAUUUGGGACAUCGGUUGGAGAAGAUGAGGGGGUUUUUGGAGAGGGGGAAUAAGGUGGAGGUUAUUUUGGCGGGGAAGAAGAAGGGGAGGAAGGCGUCGGUGGAGGAGGCGGAGGGGGUGAUUGCGAGGAUUAGAGAGUUUGUGGCGGGGGUGGAGGGCGCGAGGGAGAGGGUCAAGAUGGAGGGGAAGGUGUUGGGGAUUGCGGUGUUGAGUUUUGAGGGGAGGGUGGGGAAGAAGGGGGAGGGGAAUGGGAAGAGGGAGGAGGGGGGUGGGGGGAAGGUAGAGGGAGAAGAAAGUAGAGGGAGAGAAAGUAGAGGGAGAGAAAGUAGAGGAGAGUGGAGAGGGUAG